CCAGAACAUCCGCAGACACGAAUUCAGAAUUCAGAUUAUCGCUGGACGAACGACGAGCAACGAACCCUAGCGAGUUGGCGGUUGGCCGAGUCAGAUUUUCCUAAGCAAGCGCGAGCUGAAGCCCCAUUAAUCCCUGCUUUUAUUCCGCUAAUUGUCUAUCGCCGGAUGACAAGCGCUCGGACAAAUAGGAGCUUUGCAAUGAUACAUAGGGGGAAUAGGAGUUUUGGGUUUGAUUUGUUUUGUUUGAUGAAACGAGAUUGUUGCUCCCUUGCGAAGCUCUGGCUAAAUGCUAGUGGGAGGAUGAAUUAAGUUUCAAAUCUUGUUCUAGCUUGUGGAGCACUGCUCUCUGUUGGAGGAAUUGCUCACUUGGUGUCAGCUUCAUGCUUUUUGGUUUGCAAUGAUACAUAGAGGGUAUAGAAGGGAGUGGGGAAGUCAGGGUGGAGUUUUGGUUUUUGUUUUGUUUAAUGAUUGGAGAUUGUUGUUCCUUAUGCUGGCUAAUUGUUCUUGGGUGCAUGAUGAGAACAAAUUAUGUUUCAAAUCAUUUUAUAGCUUGUGCAACAUCUGUGAAGCAAAUGAACAAUGGAGCUUUUGGAGCACAGCUCUCUAUUGGAGGAAUUGCUCACUUGGUGUGCUUCAUGGCUUUUGGUUUUGCAAUAACCUCUUUUCCUUAUUUUCGUAGUAGAUGUUGAUGAUAAUGGGACACCUUUGUGGAGAGAAUUUCAUUAAAAAUUUAAUUGGGACCUUUCUUUCUCUAUUAAUUUGGUUUAGUUUUUGUGGAUGCAGUGAGAUAUUUCUAUUAACUUUUCCCUGUUACUGGAAAUGAGUGGUCGCUUCUCUCGCACAAUCUAUGUUGGCAACCUACCCUCUGAUAUUAGAGAAUGGGAGGUUGAAGAUCUAUUCUACAAGUAUGGUCGUAUUUUGGAUAUCGAAUUGAAGAUCCCGCUGCGCCCUCCAUGUUAUUGUUUUGUUGAGUUUGAUAAAUCAAGGGAUGCUGAAGAUGCAAUCAGGGGUCGAGAUGGUUAUAACUUUGAUGGUUGUCGUUUGAGGGUUGAGCUUGCACAUGGUGGUAGAGGACAAUCAUCAAGUGAUCGUCGGGGUGGAUCUAAAUUUGGCACCUCACGCCAUUCUGAAUAUCGAGUUAUUGUGCGAGGACUCCCUUCUUCAGCUUCCUGGCAAGAUCUGAAGGAUCACAUGCGGAAAGCUGGUGAUGUGUGUUUUGCUGAAAUUUCGCGUGACAGUGAUGGGACUUUUGGUAUUGUUGAUUAUACCAAUUAUGAUGACAUGAAAUAUGCUAUUCGCAAACUCGAUGACACCGAGUUUAGAAAUCCUUGGGCAAGAGCUUAUAUUCGGGUGAAGAGGUACGAGAGCAGUCCAUCCAGGAGCCGAAGCAGAAGCCGCAGCAUUAGAAGAGAUCGCAGGGAAAGAUCUACGUCCAAAUCUCCAGUUAAAUCGAAAUCUACCUCUCCUGUUAAGUCAUCCAGAUCGAGAUCAAGGUCAAGGUCAAGGUCAGGAUCACCUGAUAAGGCCGAACCAGUUAAUGACUGAUGUGCAUACAUUAAGUCUGGAAAUCCUACGUUUCUGGGAUGAAUGGAGUUCGAGGGGAAAUUAUGUCCCAUCAUAUAUAAGAAGAGUAUUACCGAAUACCGAUCUAAGAUGAUGAUGUAGGUACUAAUGGA